AUGGCGUCUCCCGGCGGUUGCUGGCCGCAGCCGGGCUGGCGGGGGCCCGGGGCCGGGGCGCUGGGCGAGGAGGACGCCGAGGGGCUGUACGUGGCGGUGGAGCGGUGCCCGCUGUGUAACACCACCCGCCGCCGCCUCACCUGCGCCAAGUGCGUCCGCGGCGGGGACUUCGUCUUCUUCGACGGGCGCGACUCCGAGAGGUUUUUAGACAAGAAAGAGAGGUUAAAGCAUCUUAAAAACAAACAGAGUGAAUUCCAAAACCAUGUUUUAAAGGCUAUGGAAGGGAAAAGGAUAACUGAUCAGCUGAGAUGGAAAAUAAUGUCUUGCAAGAUGAGGAUUGAGCAGCUGAAACAAACCAUUUGCAAAGAGAAUGAUGAAAUGACAAGAAACUCAGAGGGGCUUCUCAGGAUUAAAGAUGAGAACCAGAAGCUUUACCGCAGGGCUCAGAGGCAUCAGGAGAAGAAAGAGAAGAUCCAGAGACAUAACCGCAAGCUCGGAGACCUGGUGGAGAAAAAAAAUUACGAUUUGAGAAGCCAACAUGAACACUUGGCAAAUCUUCGACGGUCACACAUACUGGAGCUAACGUCUGUCAUUUUUCCCAUUGAGGAAGUGAAGACUGGCAUGAGAGACCCUGCAGAUGUUUCUUCUGAGUGUGACAAUGCCAUGACCUCUAGCACUGUGAGCAAGCUUGCAGAAGCCAGGAGAACUACGUAUCUCUCUGGGAGAUGGGUGUGUGAUGACCACAAUGGGGACACCAGCAUCAGCAUUGCAGGGCCUUGGAUAAGUCUUCCUAAUAAUGGAGACUAUUCCGCUUAUUACAAUUGGGUGGAAGAGAAAAAAACUACACAAGGACCAGAUAUGGAGCAUAAUAAUCCUGCCUAUACCAUCAGUGCUGCAUUGUGCUAUGCAACUCAACUCGUUAACAUUUUGUCUCAUAUACUUGAUGUAAAUCUUCCCAAGAAGUUGUGUAACAGCGAGUUCUGUAGCGAGAACCUCAGCAGGCGGAAGUUUACUCGGGCAGUGAAGAAGCUGAAUGCCAAUAUCCUUUAUCUUUGUUUUUCUCAGCAUGUAAAUUUAGAUUUAUUGCAUCCACUACAUACGCUCAGGAACCUUAUGUACCUGGUCAGUCCAGACACUGAAAACUUGGGCAGGUCUGGGCCAUUUGAAAUAAGUGCUGAUCUCGAAGACUCCAUGGAGUUUGUGGAUCCCGGUGCUGCUGGUGAAACGGAUGAGAGCGGAGACGAGCACGUCAGCGAUGAAGAGACCGACCUAGGGACAGACUGGGAGAACCUGCCAAGCCCUAGAUUCUGCGAUAUCCCCUCUCAGCCGGCAGAGCUGUCACAGAGCCAGAGCACGCAGGCCUCCCAGCCGAACGCCAGCAGCAGCGCAGGCGGAAUGAUCUCUUCUGCUGCGGCCUCUGUGACGUCCUGGCUCAAGGCGUACACUGGACACCGCUACUGAGCGCCUAGGCGGGGUCCCAGGCCUCGCGGAAGGAAUCUCCCCCAGCAAUGCUGUAGUAACCCUCACACGCGGAGUUAAGUAGGGCCUGGAGCGCAAACGGUCAGACUUUAAUUUUGUAAACCGGAAGAACCUUUUUAUUUACCCAAGAUGACGGUGAUGGUGACAUUUUGUAAAUUAGCUGGAUCUACACUUCUGACUUAUUCCAUAAGGGCACUUGCUUGCCUCUGAAUUCUGUCUACAUUGUUGAAUAGUGAAGAAAAAGGACCCGAUUUUUACUUCCUAAAGUAGAUUUGGAAUACUUGGAUCAGGGGCAAGGAUGGGGAGAAAGCUGCUAAAAAUUCAGACGGGACAGUGG